CAGUCCUCAGACUUACAUCGGUGUCGAAACGAAGCACCGUUUCAUCUCUCUUCUUUCUCUCUCCUGGCAGUGCCAUGGAGUUCCCAAAACCCUCGUUAGGCCCCCCCAAUCAUCUCCUCUCUCUCUCAUCCUUCAUCCGCCAACAAUGCCACCGACUGGGUGCCGAACUCGCGAGUCGACUCGAAGAAACCAAGCGAUUCGCCGGACACCUCGCCGCUAACUGGCCUCCACCGCCGCAGAAGCGUUCACGUCCGGUGGUACCGUCUUAUUCUUCGUUACCUUUUGCAUCGGUGUCGCAGCAGGAGUCUCGUCAGGGCAAGCAUGCUUUUGAUACUGCUCUGAGCUCCGACCAUGUCGCCAAAACCCUCGCCGGAACGGCCGUUUACACCGUCAGCAACUCCAAUAAUGAGUUCGUGCUCGUCUCCGAUCCCAAUAGCCUCAAAUCCAUUGGCUUGCUUUGCUUCCGCCAGGAAGACGCCGAAGCCUUUCUCGCUCAAGUUCGGUUGCGGAAGAGGGAGCUGAGAAGUGGGGCUAGGGUUGUUCCCAUUACACUUGAUCAGGUCUACAUGUUGAAAGUUGAAGGAAUUGCAUUCCGGUUUUUGCCUGAUCCUGUUCAAAUAAAGAAUGCUUUAGAGCUGAAAGCUUCGGAUAUCAAAAGUGGGUUUGAUGGAGUUCCAGUCUUCCAGUCGGACCUACUGGUUGUGAAGAAGAAAAAUAAACGUUACUGUCCAAUUUAUUUCCGAAAGGAAGACAUAGAGAAAGAACUGUCGGCAGUCUCUAAGGCAUCCAGAGUACCUGGGGUUUCUCAACACAUUAUGGUGGGAAGUUUGGAAGAUGUUUUGAAGAAAAUGGAGAUCAGUGAGAAGAACUCGGGCUGGGAAGAUAUGAUUUUCAUUCCACCUGGUAAAAGCCACUUUCAACACAUUAGUGAAUUGGCAAAAGCAUGAUAGAUUAGAUGUGGAAUAAUCUCUACUGACCACAUGAGAGUUUGUAGAAGCAGGCACACACAUUUCAUCUUUACAGGAUCCUAUCGUAGCAGGUCAGCCGUCAUAUCUAAUUAGGAAAUCUCUCUCUCUCUCUCUAUCUCUCUCUCUGUCUCUGAUAUUGGUUUCGAUAGCUCAAAGAUACAGAGAAUAAAUGCAUUAUUGGUUUAAAAUGAAUAACAGAACAACUAACAUGUGAUAAAAUGCCAACUUGGACACUUGGGAAACAUAUAUAUUGUAUAUUUACAGUGUCAUUGUUUUAA